AUGACUGUCGAUAGAGUUUGGAGAUCUUUGCCAGUGAAAAGUUCCGAAGUUUCACUUGCCAAGGUAUUAAGAUGCGGUCAAACAUUUAGAUGGAAAAAUAUCGACCAUGUUUGGUCAUUUAGUGUUGAUGACAGGAUUAUUCUUUUGAAGCAGGAAGACGAUGAUUUGCAGUUCAGUUGGAUCAUGCCAGAGGACAAGAUGGAAAACACCAACAGACAGGAGAAAGAGACAUUAGAUUUUAUAAAUGACUACUUUUCACUUUCAACCAGCCUCGAGAGUUUAUAUUCAGACUGGUUGAAAGUUGAUGAAAAGUAUCGUAAAAAGAUAGGAAGUUCUCCAUUCAUAAAAUUCCCAGGGAUUAGAAUUCUCAGACAAGAUCCUUGGGAAACCACUGUCUCAUUUAUAUGCUCAUCUAACAAUAAUGUGAAAAGAAUCUCGAAAAUGGUGGACAGUAUUUGUACCAAUUUUGGUACCUAUAUAAAUGAUUUCGAAGGAAUUCCUUUUUAUUCAUUCCCCAAACCAAAAGAUUUAGCUAAACCAGAAACAGAAGGUCUCUUAAGAGAUUUGGGUUUCGGAUAUCGUGCUAAGUACAUUUAUAAGACAGCUUGUAAGUUUGUCGAUAACGAAGAAUUCCCCGAAAUCACUAUCGAACAAUUAAAUGCGAUGAGAAGUAAAAGCUAUGAUGAAGCACAUCAAUUUUUGUUGCAGUUGGACGGUGUUGGUCCCAAAGUUGCUGACUGCAUUUGUUUGAUGGCUCUCGAUAAACACGAUAUUGUGCCUGUUGAUACCCAUGUAUAUCAGAUUGCAAUGAGGGAUUUCAAAUUCAAAGGUAAGAAGGAUCUCAAGACGAUGAAUCAACAAGUGUAUCAUGAGAUCAGAUUAUUUUUCAAAGAGUUAUUUGGAGAUUAUUCUGGCUGGGCCCAGUCAGUACUUUUUGCUUCUGACUUGAGCGAUUUGAAUAAUGGGGUAAAUCAAAUCUCGACUAAAGAAGUCAAGGUAGAAAAUGAUUCAAUCGAAAUCAAAAAAAGGAAAGUGAUUACAACUGCCGAUGAGAAAAUCACGAAAGAAACCAAAACUGUGAUUAAAAAGAGGAGGAAUCUUCAAGUAUAG